AUGCCUCUUAAAUGGAGAACUAAGAAUAAUCAGAAAGGGGAUUUUAAGAGGGCGAAGAUAGAAGGGGCCGAAGGAGACAAUUCUGAUUCAGUUAAAGAUGGUGAACGCAUAGAGCAAGAGAAUGAAAAGAUGAGUUCUGGAGAGGGAGAUUCAGGGGAGCGAGAAGGUGAGGCUGAGGACGGGGACCAGCCUAUGGAGGAGGAGAUAGAGGAUGAAAAGAAGGGUAUUGUUAAAUUCAUGUUUGAUGGAGUUGAAUAUAAGUUCAAAGAGCGGCCAAGUGUGAUUGAAGAACGAGAGGGGAAGAUUGAGUUUCGUGUUGUAAACAAUGAUAAUACCAAGGAGAAUAUGAUGGUAUUGACGGGGUUGAAGAAUAUUUUUCAGAAGCAGCUACCUAAAAUGCCGAAGGAGUACAUAGCGAGAUUGGUAUACGAUCGAUCGCAUCUUUCGAUGGCUGUGAUACGGAAACCAUUAACUGUUGUGGGUGGUAUUACAUAUAGACCAUUUGAGAAGGGUGAGUUUGCGGAGAUUGUGUUUUGUGCGAUAAGUUCCACUGAACAGGUUCGUGGGUAUGGUGCACACUUAAUGAAUCAUUUGAAAGAUUACGUGCGGGCCACUACGAACAUCAAAUACUUCUUAACGUACGCGGACAACUAUGCAAUAGGUUACUUCAAAAAGCAAGGGUUUACAAAGGAGAUUACCCUGGAUAAAAGUGUGUGGAUGGGGUACAUCAAAGACUACGAAGGGGGUACCUUAAUGCAGUGCUUUAUGUUACCCAAGAUCAGGUACUUGGAUGCAGCCAAGAUAUUGUUGCUCCAGGAAGCUGCCAUCCAAAGAAAAAUAAGAACCAUAUCUCAGAGCCAUGUGGUGAGGCGAGGGCUCGACCAAUUCAAAGAUCUUGAUAAUAUUGAACCACUCGACCCUAUGAGUGUGCCCGGUCUUAGAGAAGCUGGCUGGACUCCCGAAAUGGAUGCACUGGCACAAAGGCCUAAGAGAGGUCCACAUUAUGCAGCUAUGCAAAAUGUAUUAACCGAACUUCAGAACCAUGCUGCGGCUUGGCCAUUUUUGCAACCCGUUAAUAAGGAUGAAGUCCCAGAUUACUACGAGUUUAUUAAAGAACCUAUGGAUCUGAGCACUAUGGAAGUCAAGUUGGAAAAUAAUAGGUAUGAGAAGAUGGAAGACUUCAUAUAUGAUGCCCGCUUAAUCUAUAGCAAUUGUCGAGCCUACAAUGGGGAAAAUACAUCCUACUUCAAGUACGCGAAUAGACUAGAGAAGUUCUUCAACGCAAAGAUGAAGGAGAUUCCGGAGUAUUCCCACUUAAUAGAUUAG